GAGUAACUUGGCCACUUCUAUUAUUUGAUUCGUUGAAUAUGUCUGUUGAACCGUUGAGAGAAAGUAGAAAGCGACUACAGGUAGACCUACUUUUCACGAGAUCGACCCAUUUCUUAUUUUCAUCAUGAAGAUAAUGCUAUUAAAACCAUUAUCAACAGUUGUGAUACAUGCAUGAAAGCUGGCUCGUUAUAUAUUUUUGGACGCGUUUUCUUGGCUAGAUUUAAUGAGCUUUGUUGGCGGUAUCACGCUCGUGCUAUUAAUAUCGGAGGCAUAAUUCAGAACUGAGUUUAAUCGUUCAGUCAUUUUUGUUUUUGUGAGAUAAAAUCGGACGGAGAACGUGCAUUUCCAGCGACGAAAAAUAUCUUGUGUGACAUUUACUCAAGGCCCUUAGGGCUAAUUGAUGUUCAAAGUAAAUUUCAAUUUGCUUUUACAAAUAUUCCACGUAUAACGAAACUGCAGCAACAUUAUAUUCAGAAUGAUAAUUUAAAUCCACUUUGGUUUUAUAUACGACGUGCUUGCAUAAGUGUCCUUUUUAAAGCAGAUCAUCAAGGAAACUGAUGAUCACGAGAGAUGCUGCAUGGACACCAUGAAAGUCGACUGAAUGCUACUGGUUAGAGGAAAGCUGUAAAGAUGUCUCCCGCUUGCAGCAUCGUAUUGAAAUGUGGUUUCUUAAUUUUGUUUGUAUCAUGGUAUUUAAUUACAGUCCAGGCAUCCGAUAGGACCGACUGCUCAUCACCAAACAAGACAACGACAGAGAAAGAACUUGUUUCAAGGCUCUUGUCCAACUAUGGGGAUACGUCGGUUAGACCUGUCAAAAAUCACACCAAACCUGUCGAGGUAUUCUUCAGAAUGCUUCUUUAUGAACUCGUCAAACUGGACGAAACUAUGCAACUUAUUACCAUUCGUACCAAUAUGAGGCUGCAAUGGGUUGAUGAGUAUCUCCAAUGGGAUCCAGAGGAGAAUGGUGGUAUUUACAAUCUGACACUUAAAAUGCAUCAAGUAUGGAGACCUGAUGUCGUCUUAGAUGAAGACAUUGAUCGUGAUUUCAUCAGCCUUCCAGAAGCUGAGACAUAUGUUAUAGUCCAAUACACGGGGGCAAUGGAUUGGCUAUUUCCAGCAAUUACUACCAGUGCGUGUAAGAUGAACAUCGAAUAUUAUCCAUUUGAUGUCCAGAAGUGUGUCUUAACACUUUAUCCCUGGACGCUCGAUGAAAGUAAGAUGCGCUUCUUCGCCAAGAAUGACGAUGAUGCCUUCCAAGCUCGCUAUGUCAAGAAUGGUAUCUGGUCUUUGGUCGACUUCACAGCAACCAAUCGGAGUAUCCAGUACCUUUGCUGUCCCUAUCCCAAUGACCACCUUGAGUACCAACUAACUUUCCAAAGGGAGUCUGGUUUCUUUCUUACCAAUGUAGUGGUGCCUGCCGUCUUUCUGACAGCUCUCAUGCUGGUUGGAUUCUGGUUGCAUCCCGAUUCAGGAGAGAAGGUGACCUUCACCGUCACCAACCUGCUGGCGCUUACACUUUUUCAGCAGUUAGUGGCGGACAAAAUGCCUCCCAUUGGAGAACCAAGAUCUAUCCUAGUCACCUGUUUCUUCAUGUUGAUCAUCCUCAGUGGAUGUGCUGUGUUUUUAUCAGUCAUUGUUUUACGUCUCUACCACCAUGAUACCAACACUAAGCCUCCACGAUGGGUCAUUAAGCUUUUUAUGCCUUGGUUCUCCAGAUAUGGAACUAGAAGCUACAUUAGGAAGCUGUACAUCUUACAAGAAAAUAAAGUCACCAAGAACGAAGAGGUCAUCACCAAUGGGAACACAGCUUCCACUGUUCUAGACACAGAAUUGAGGACAGAAGAAUUACGGCGACCUGCAGACGACUUGGAAAGUAGAGAUGUAAACCAGUUUAUUUGGAGACAGCUUGCCUUAGCUUUCGAUUCUUUUUGCGGCACCAUUCUUUGUUUAGCUAUGCUAGGAAAUGUCAUGUUUGCUCUUAUCAGUUUUCUAAAGUGAUUUUAAUAAAGCUUUGGUAUGAAGUAUGAGAGUCAAGAGAACUGAAUGAACAAUAAUUGAAAGUGAACUUGAAAUAUAAAAUGUUUACAUUGUGUCUCUUCUUUUGCUUCCGUCACACUGUAUUUUUUCCUGUACGUAUUGAAACUAAGUCACAAGCAUGAUAUUCUGUGCAGCCCUCCGUUCUAUUCUAUUUACGAACGAACCAUAGUUACUUUAGUUCGCAUUAGCUCCUUAUUAUCUUCUGUAUUGUAUGUUACGACUGGCAUAGCACUUUUCGACAUUUCACUACGUAUUGUCACUUAGCAAUAUAUUUUGCAAUCUGUUCUGAAGUGCAAAUUGGAUAUUUUCAAAAUCAGGUAAUUGACGUUUUACAUUUGUGGUGUCAGUCAUCUGUCUUACCACUAUCAAUAAACAAUGAUGCUUGAUUUUUGAACCUCUUAAACAAAAUGGGCCUAAUUUAUAUGUUUAAGAAAAAUAAAUCAUAUUUCCAGUUUUAAGGAAUAUCCAUUGUCCAAACUUGUCCCAGAUAUAUUUCCUGCAUGUACAUUUACAAACAGAGAUGAAUAACUUCAAAAGUAAAUUAUUUUUGCUGAUUUGAAUUGAUUAUAACAAAAAUAAUUAAUUUCUGGGUAAAAAAAUGGACUAUAUUGAAUUGAAUCCAAGGUAAGUAGUGCAAAUGAAUCCAAUGGAGCUCUCAGGGAGCUAGUACAUGUUGAUAUACAUGAAUUACAUGUGUCACACCUCUACGAUAUCGCGACCGUAUACCGACGUACGUAUGUUAAGCACUUUGCUAAUUAUGUAAUAUUUCCUGAUAUCAACCUUUUAACAGCACAAAAUAUAAAGAAAUCAAGUUCUGUUUUACCAGGAAAUUAUUUUGUUAUGUUAAGAAAAAUCUUGACAUCAGCUAACGGAAUUUUAAUAUGAAAAUCGUUUGCCAUACAGUUACGUCGGCAUUCGCCGGCAAAGAGAUUUAGUUGUGACAUCUCCCUUGAAAAGGAGAGAUACUAUACAGACACGAUACAAACGUGGUACUAAACUUACCUCCAGUAAUUUCGUCUCAUAACUUUUACACAUUGUUUGAUGAGUCUACUAAAAUACACCCAUUUUUGGUACAUGUACUAAAUUAAGGUAUCUUUCAAAAUUCUAAUUAUGAGAAGAUGUAAUUUUGAUCAAAACAAAGUGUUUAUAGCCUGUUAUGGUUAUAUCUUAUAUUAUUUUAGUAUAGAGUGGAUUAAUUUCUCUUAUAUGAACAUAAUAUAUCGUUCAAAAUUUGAUUUUGUCAAGUAAAAUUUAAUAUCAUGGUCUGGGGUCCGUUGCAGAAAGAGUUGCGUUUAAAUGCAAGUCAAAAAAUCAAUCGCAAGUUCAAAAUGCGCGCUGUUGAUUGGUUGAAAAUCAAGUUGCGCGUGAUUUAUAGAGUUGCGUUUGAUUGCAACUCUUUCUGCAACGGGCACCUGAUCAUAUACGAUCAGACAGAUUCCUUGCACUUUUUUUGUUAUUUUAUAAAAAGGGGUGAGCGAUUGCUUGUGUUUACAGGGGCAUCACGGGGGGUUCAUAUAUAGGGUUUUGGCUUUUCAGAAGGGCGGCAUGUUCUUAAUAUCAAUGUUGUUAUAUUCAUAUCUACUCUAGAUAAUGUAGUAUAUAUAUGAGCCACCCUCACCACUGCCUGAUAUUAGAGUUGGUGGUAAGUUUUGUCUUUUUCCCCCCGAAUCACAACCCCUUGAAAAGAAAAGCUGGUCGCGGCUUUGCAGUGUGUAUAGUAUGUUUAUCACGCAUAAGAAUAUGACAUUGUUACGUUGUAUAUCUUAAAAUAUUAUUACAGUUUCAUUUAGAUUAAAUAAGUAAUAUUUUAGUGAAAAACAGCAUCUGUAAUGACCAAGAAUAAUGAUUAUAUUUCUUUAUAUUAGAAUAAAUAAUAUAUUUUGGUAUUGCAUGCUAGAGUAGGAAUAAGAUUAAGUUCAAUAUCUUUGAGUAACAUGGGCACGAAGAGGAGUCAGCGCGAUUUAAAUCAAUAAAAAUCAAUUUUGGCGAAUGCCAGAUUCUGUUUAGAUAAGCAAGGUACACGCAUUGAGCUUGCGAUGUCACGAUUUUGAAAAAUGGUCGAUGAAAUAUAAUGAAAAUAAAUUUUUUUUUUAUUUAACGAAUAAUAUUCAUGUCAUUCUUUACGCAUAUCUCGCACUUACCCGGGACAUACACUCUAAAAACAGAAAGUGAAAAUUUACCCAAUAUUGAAAGGGAACAUGCAUGUUUACCGGGUAAUUUUUCCUCCAAUACUGGGCAAAAUGCAUGUUGAAGGGUAAAUUUCAACGCAACAUUGCAUGAAAUUUACAAAAUAUUUGAAAUAUUUUUUACGUAAAGACAUGUAUGUUCCCAUUUUACCCAAUAUUUAGAGUGUAGUUAUUACAAGGCAGUUGAAGCCUUUAGUCUAAGUAAAUCAAUAUUCUAUCCAUUUAUGAAAUUAAUUAUUUAUUGUUGUUUACCCAUAAUCCAUUUGACAUGCUUUUGGAACGAUUAUCAUCAUCAUUAUUCAUUCACACAAAAUUAAUCUUUAAUCAGUACUACAUCGUUGGCGACUUGAUUUUGAUAUAAAGAUAUGUAAUGUCACGCCAAUAUUGCAAUUCUUUUAACAUUUAAUUAAUGUUAUUACAAUUAUCAUAAUCAUAGCUUUGUAAGUGAUUAAUUUAUGGGACAUAAAAUGCAAACACAAACCUAAUACAAAAUGGGUCUACGUAAAGUGAAAUAUCAAAUAAAUGACUGCAUGACUGCCAGUAUAGGUGGGCACCAUUUGGACUAACUUUAAGCUAGUCAGAAGACCAAUUUUGGUUUUCAGUGCAUAAUGCAUUUGAAAUGCUUUUGGAACUAUUAUCAUCAUCAUUAUUCAUUCACCCGAACCUUUAAUCAGUACUUAUAUAUACAUCGUUGGCGACUUGUUAUUGAUAUAAUGAUAUGUAUGUCACGUUCAUACCUGUGUAUGUCUAAAUGAUUGUAAUUCUUUUAAAGUUUAUUUUUAUUACAAUUAUCAUUAAUAUAUUAAUGAUAAUUGUAGUAAAAUUAAUCAGUAACAAAGCUAUAGCUUUGAUACUAUGGAACAUAAAAUACCAACAUAAAUUAACACAAAAUGAGACUACAUAAAGUGAAAUAUGAAAUCAAUGACUACAUGAGACUAGCAGCAGAUCCUAUGUUUUAUAAAGGGAAUGGCUUAUGAGGGCGAAGGAAGAAAAUCAUUUUAUGACAGAAAAUCUGACGAAAGAUAAAAUAAAAAAGAAGAGAGAAAAGAAGAAUAAAAACUCUAAAAUGGGUAAACAUUUCCAGCUCAAAAAUCUCACAAGCAAAAAAAAAAUGUAUGUUUCCAUGCAGUGUUUGGAAUAUUGCCUUCUUUUGUAUAGCACAAAGCACGAGCAUAUAAUAUCAUUAUUGCCUUCUCUUGUAUAGUAUAAUACACAAAUUAGAUUAGUGACUUUACAUUGUAAACCAUGAGCAAUUACGAAUUAGCUCAACGAAACGUUGACAGCAUCAUUGAAGUCUACUUCGCUAAUAUGCAAUAAUCUUAUCCUUGUCCGCAUCUUUGUGAAAAAUAACAAUGAAGUUGAAUAAAUGCAUUGAAAUAUAGAACGAA